CAUUUCUUUGAUUAAAAAUUCUAAUUUUUACUAUAUAAAUGUUAGGUCGAUGAAAGUCGAAGAAUUUUUGUAUAAAAGAGCUUUUAAUUCUCCAAAUCAUUUAUAACGUAAAAACUAUUUGCUGAAAACAGUCAAGAUACCUAUUCGCCAUGAAAUUACAAAUCGUUUUGCUUGUUUUAGUUGUGAUGGCUCUGAGCGCAUCAACAGAAAAGAGUACAGGUCGACGUUCAAAUAUUAGAUUAGAACAAUUGUUGCGGAACCAAAAGGACUCUUCUUCUAAUGCCAGGUUCUUGUGGAAUAAGAAACAGCAAGCCCCUGCAUCACAAAUUUAUGUAAUACAACCUGGGUACACCUCAUAUACUUCUCCAAACGAGCAGUUUACUUAUGAAGUAACAACUAACGGUACGCAAACAUUCAGUCCUGUCACUUCUAAUAGCAGUCGCAGCUUUGACGAUGAAUCAGUUUUUGAUGACGAUGAUGAAGAUAAAAUCUCGUUUCACAAUGAAGAAGAAGCUAGAGUUGAAGCUGACGACGACGAAGACGAUGUUCAAACUUCACGUAGACACCAAAAACAAAGGACAAAUUUGAAACUUCAAAAGAUUAAUGCAAGGGAUCAAGGAUAUAAACUUGUCAUUCCUGCCAAGUAUAUGCGUAGCAUUAAAAAAAAUGCGCAUGCAAGCAGGUCUGCAAAUUUCAACAACGGUGUCAAUAAGUUAAGGAUACUUCGACUUAAUGAUAAAGGUCAUACAAAGAGAAAAUUGUCAUCCAAUUAAUUCCACCAUUAAGGAUUAAAAAUGUGUUGAUGAGUUAUGUAAAAUAA